CCCACUUCAAACAACACUCUGGCAGUACUAGCACGGAUCCCUCCUUCUGUCACCACACGCAAAUUCCAUUUUCACACCGGCUGCCUACUCCAGGCAUGGCUGACGGCUGUACCCAGUCAUGGCACUGCGACAUUACACCCUCGACUUCAACCUCUCAGCGCCAGCAGACUGUCCAACGACUGUGCAUGGGCUGCAGUCUAUAUUUCAAGAACAGGAAAUGACAGAGACUGUCCAUGACACUGAGGGACAUGGAUAUCUUGCUACCUUCAUUGGCAAGAAUGGCAGGUUGGUUAUUCUGCGUGUGACCGCCCAUGGCCUGCUUACCAUUGAUCUGCAGUGUUGUGAAGGAGAUAACAUUGUACAAGUAGAGAAUCUUUUGAAUACACUGGAAGAGAAGCUGAGAAGUCUCCUACAUGGAAACAUUAAGAGGGUCAAGAGGCUCCCAGCUCUGACACGAGGUGCAGCUGUUGAUCGAUACUGGCCCACAGCAGACGGCAGACUGGUGGAGUAUGACAUAGAUCGGGUUGUAUAUGAUGAGGACUCUGCAUACCAGAACAUAAAGAUCAUGCACUCACAGCAGUUUGGCAAUAUCCUGAUCCUCAAUGGGGAUGUUAAUCUGUCAGAGAGUGACCUGCCCUACACCCAGGCCAUCAUGGGCAGAGGGCAAGAGAACUAUGCAGGGAAGGAGGUGCUGAUCUUAGGAGGCGGCGAUGGAGGAAUCCUCGCAGAGGCCGUCAAACUCAAGCCAAAGAUGAUCACCAUGGUGGAGAUCGACCAAAUGGUGAUUGAUGGGUGUAGAACACACAUGAGGAAGGCAUGUGGGAGUGUUCUGGACAACUUGAAGGGAGAAUGUUACCAGGUGUUGGUAGAGGACUGCGUUCCUGUUCUAAAAAAGUAUGUUGAGGAAGGGAAGACGUUUGAUUACGUCAUCAAUGACCUCACAGCGGUCCCCAUCUCCACAGCGCCAGAGGAGGACUCUACAUGGGAGUUCCUACAGCUUAUCUUGGAUCUCUCAAUAAAAGUACUGCGUCCUACUGGGAAGUACUUCACACAGGGUAAUAGUGCCAAUCUGACUGAGACACUGGCUCUUUAUGAGGAGCAGCUGGGAAGGCUCUCAUGUCCUGUAGACUUUUCCAAGGAGGUGGUGUGUGUGCCCUCUUAUAUGGAACUGUGGGUUUUCUACACCGUUUGGAAGAAGUGAAGAGGUCUCCUCCGUACGCUGCCUGCCGGAAUGUGAAAACUGUCCACCCCCCUAUUUGUCCGCCGUCGCACUGAGGGGAGAGAUGACCCCCCCCAUCUCUACUCACACGGUUUUGUUAUCCUUCCAUGUCCAACUCUCUCUUAAACCCUUUUUACAUCUUAAUUGUAUAAUUUUAUGUCUGAACUUACAAGAGAUUGUAUUUCUGUUAGUUGGAUAUUUUGAAUUGGACUGUUGUUUUUGCGUGUGCCCUCCAGGGAGAGCUGUGGGGCUGACCGUGUAGGGCUACUGCCACUGGUCUAGGGUUUAGACUUCUCUGACUAUAGCCUGGUCCCAGACCUGUCUAGGUUUGAGACUUCUCUGACUAUAGCCUGGUUCCAGACCUGUCUAGGGUUUAGACUUCUCUGACUAUAGCCUGGUCCCAGACCUGUCUAGGUUUGAGACUUCUCUGACUAUAGCCUGGUUCCAGACCUGUCUAGGGUUUAGACUUCUCUGACUAUAGCCUGGUUCCAGACCUGUCUAGGUUUGAGACUUCUCUGACUAUAGCCUGGUCCCAGACCUGUCUAGGUUUGAGACUUCUCUGACUAUAGCCUGGUCCCAGACCUGUCUAGGGUUUAGACUUCUCUGACUAUAGCCUGGUCCCAGACCUGUCUAGGGUUUAGACUUCUCUGACUAUAGCCUGGUUCCAGACCUGUCUAGGGUUUAGACUUCUCUGACUAUAGCCUGGUUCCAGACCUGUCUAGGGUUUAGACUUCUCUGACUAUAGCCUGGUUCCAGACCUGUCUAGGGUUUAGACUUCUCUGACUAUAGCCUGGUUCCAGACCUGUCUAGGGUUUAGACUUCUCUGACUAUAGCCUGGUUCCAGACCUGUCUAGGUUUGAGACUUCUCUGACUGUUGUGUAGUUGUCAUGCCAUACAUGUUACAUGUUUUAUACAUAGCAGGGCAACAAUUCUCAGAGGAGUUGGCUAAAUAUCAUACAGGUCUGGGACCAGGCUAUAGUCGGAGGUCUAAAGCCUAGACAGAUCUGGGACCAGUAUUUAAACACUCUUGGUACACUUACCCCUCAGGGUGUUGUUACUUUUCAAAUUUGACUUAAAACAGCACCAACAUACAAUAUACUUUUGGGUUGUGAUUGUGUGAUAGGACAUGUGCUCGCCGUAGUUUCAAAUGAAUGUCUGUCUGUGCGUUUGAUUGUUUUUCUUCUUUUGUUGUAGCUAACUGGCUUGAGUGUGAUUUGAUUCCCAGUCCUUUCCAAGUGUAACCCUGCCCAUUGAGGCUGAAGUGUCCAAAUGUGUUUUUCAAAGGGAAAAAGGCCCUCCUUUGUGGCGGUUUCUUGCUUGUACUGCUUUAAUGUGAAUUGUGUUUUUAUUAUUUAGCACCUCUAGCUUCUCCUGCUGGAUCUUAUUUUACAUAUUCAGUUUAGAAUUUUUCUCUAAGUUUGUUUGGUGCAUGUGCUGGAAAUUAAAAUAUUUUAAUUGAAUGUAGCUUCCCAUAUACACAGUGCAACUUCAUGCCUUUGAUCAAUAUUGUGGUGCUUUGUUAAAUGUAUUUAUUUGAUAUAAUUUCACCAAAUGCUGUUUUAUCCAAAAUACCUUUUUGUUCAGCAGUGACUACCUGCUAUUAAAAAUGAGUUGGAGAAGAAAAUGUUUUUCUUGAUUCAGGGGAGUAUAUCAGAUAUCUUAGCUAGCAGUCACAACUGACAGACAAUUUGGGUGUUUCUACUGAAAGUCCAGAAUCAUACCAAUGCAAACAUGAAGAGCAAACUCAAUACUUUGAAUACAGAUUUGCUUGCAUUUCCCAUGUACUUCCUUUUGAAAUUCAUUCUACCAUGAGCAAUGUUGAUUUCAAUAAAACUUCCCCUUUGUUAACACAAACUUCAA